AUGAAUUUUGAGCUCCCUUCUGAGGUGCAGGACUAUCUGUCGCGUCUCGAUGCCUUCAUCAACGAGAAAAUACUUCCCCUCCAACGCAAAGACGACAACGAGCGUUUCUUUGACCAUCGCCGUGAAGCUUCACGGACGCAAUGGAACAACCAAGGCUUGCCGGAAGAGGAUUGGGAAGCGCUCCUACACCAAACUAAGCGGCUCGCGGACGAAGCAGGCUUUUACCGCUUCCCAUGCCCCAAGGAAUACGGAGGAUCAGGCCAUACAUCAUUGAAUCUGUACAUGUGCGCCAUUCGUUAUCACCUGGCCUCCCAUCCUGUCUACGGAGGCGGCGUGAGCCUCGCCAACGAUCUGCAGAGCGAGCACAGCGUUGUGGGUAACAACCCGUUUGUCAUUAUGCUGCAUCACUAUGGUACUCCGGAGCAGCAGAAGCAGCUUAUUCCUGCGAGUAUCAGCGGCGAGAUGAAAGCUACCUUUGGCUUGACCGAGAUUGACCAUGGCUCUGAUGCCACGCACAUGGAGACAACUGCUAGGCCGAUUACCCUUGUGUCGGGUGAGGCUGGAUACGAAAUCAACGGCAACAAGAAGUGGCAGACGGGCAUGCACCAUGCCAGCUGCUGCGUCAUCUUUGCUCGGACUUCUGGAAAAGCUGGUGAUGCCAAGGGUAUCACGGCUUUCCUUGUGCCCGGAGACACGCUCGGUUUGACUAUCACUUCAUAUGAAUGGACGCUCAACAUGCCUACCGACCAUGCAACCAUUAUGCUUCAAAACGUCUGCGUUCCGGCAUCUGCUAUUCUUGGUCCACUGGACAAUGGCCUCGCGAUCGCUCAAACAUUUACACACGAAAACAGAAUCCGCCAAGCUGCGUCAAGUUGUGGUGCUGCCCGAUACUGCAUUGAUCGCAGUGUCGAGCAUGCCAACAAGCGCAAGGUGUUUGGAAAGCCCUUAUCCUCCAACCAGGCAAUCCAGUGGCCGCUUGUGGAACUCUCUACUCAGGUAGAGAUGCUAAGACUCCUGAUCCUCCGUACGGCGGUGGAAAUGGACCAGCUUACCGCCCAGGUAAAGGAAAUUGGGAGUGCAUCGCCCUGGGUAUCGAUUGAGAGACAGCUGGGCCACAAGAUCAGCAUGUGUAACUUCUACGCGAACCGGCUCGUUGGAGAAGCAGCCGAUCGCGCCAUUCAGGUCCAUGGUGGCGACGGUUACUCUAGACAUCUUCCUUUUGAGCAUAUUUGGAGACAUUUCCGCCGCUAUCGGAUCACCGAAGGGAGCGAGGAAGUGCAGAUUCGGAAAGUCGCCGCUUAUUUGUUUGGGUACAAGACCACGGGUGUGGAAGGUGAUAAGGGAGAAGCCAAGUUGUAG